AUGAACGGGAGUGUGUCAGUGAUCGGCGAGGGACAGAACGGCUUCAUCUAUUGUUUCGCCAACCUCCUCUUACCGUUUCGUGUCACCUGGACGGACCCUGACGGCAUGCCCCUCCCGACCUACACGACCACGGAUCCACCUAGCACGGGCGUGGGUGGCGGUGUAGAUGGCGGCGUGGGCGAGAUAUAUGUGGUGUCAGGCGCUUAUCCAAUACCCUUCGCCUGUCUCGUCUUCCGCGGGUUCUCUACACACUUGUCAGGUCGCUACAUGUGCACACUCGCGUACGGCAACACGCGCCUGGCUACGCGCACCACACACCUACACUUCUUUGCGCCCUCUUACCGAGUCGUGCCGCUCCCACGGUGCUUUCUUGUGCCCAGGGGAGGCACCGUGCUCCUCCCCUCUCCUGUGCAAGGCCGCCCCCCGCGCCCUCCCACCUGGACACUGCUGGAGGGGGAGCAGGGCAGUGCCUCCGCCAGGACCCUCAGCGGAAGACUCCUGCUGAAGGGACUGCAGGGUCCCGCGGGGUGGCGAGCCGAGGUGACUCUGGGCGGCGGACUAACCUUCCUUCAAGACGUGUUUGUGUCCGUGGUGGAGGGAGGAAUUGAUGGUGGUGGUAGU